AUGGCAGCUUCUAAUGAAUUGCAAACUUUGGCACUAGUUUCUUCAGAAAUUGAUGAAUCGGAAGUCAAAAUAACUUUUGCAAACCAAUGUAUCAAAGCUCAAGAAGCUUUAGCUAAUAAGUUGAAAGAGGAGAUUCAAAGGCGUAAAGAAAUAUGUAAUAUAAAGAAAAAUGAAAACUGGAAGUUAGAGGCCGAGAUAAAAAAUGCUGAACUGGAAAUUCAAAAUUUGCGCUUGACCCAAAAAACAUUGAAGUCUUCAAACACCGAAAUGAAGAGGGACCUACUUUUGAACAAAGAUAACAAACACAAUAUUGCUGAACGCAUUAAAUUAGGAGAAAAGAAAUACGAAGAUCUAUGGAUCCAAUGUAAAACACGAUAUGAGAGUAUGCCUUUAGUGCAAAAGUUGAUGGAAGGCAAGAAGAAAAGCGAAAUGCUAAAGAAUGACAUGAUUGCACUGGAAAGUGAAGCUCAGAGACUCGGUCAGGCCAUUAAAGCUAAAAAGGCUGUACUUGCUGAAAAAGAUAAGACGCGAGUAAUACAAUUGGCUGAAUUCAUAGUUCACGAGCGUCCGGCUACUAUUAAAGCUAUAAAGGAAAAAGCAGCAAUUAUAAACGAUUUAGCAAAAGGUUUGGAAAACAAUCCUAUAUCGAAGGAGGUAGCUGGUACAAUCACUACAGUUGAAAAUAACCCCAUUGAACAAGAAGGAGCACAAUCUGCAGAUGACAAUUGGUUCAUUAACAAUAAUUUGAUGAUGCCCAAGUUGCAGCUUCCAAACAUUGACAUGGACGUGAUAAAUGUAAAAUUGGACAUAAACAAAGUUACAAUGCAUACGUCUCCGGCAAAAAGAACUGCUUCUGUAAGCGAACUAGAAAAGAAUACGAUCAAACGGUCAAAAGCAGAUGAAAAAACGAGAGAUGAUUAUAUAUCUCACUAUUUUAACAAAACUACAAAUGCCGACCGUGAGAACGAUAAUGAAGGAAAUGCAGAAAUCAAUUACUCGAAAAAGAAGUUAAUAAAUAUACUGGAAGAUAUUCAGAUUGACGAUACUGAGACGUACAAAUUGGUUGCAAAAGCAAACAUCGACAAAUUGCAAGAAAUUGACGUGAUUGUUGCAAACAAAAAUGUUAACGAAAAUGGAAAUCUUUCCAAGGUAGCAGCGCCGCCAUUAGAAAGUGAACACAUAGAAGAAAUUGAUUUAACAAACACUUAUACGCACGAAGUUCUAAUUCCACCGACGCAGUUUUUAGACCUGACACAGGAUAAAACUGAAGGAGCUAUACAGCAGGAAGUAGAAGUUAUUGUCCACAGGACUAUGGAAGAAGCACUGCCGAAAAAUACAGGUUUAUCGCAAUCAAAGGAGGAUCAUAAGAAAAAGGUAUCCUUUGAUGAUUCUGCAACAACCAAAAAUAUAUUAGACACAUCAGAUGUAGUAAUGGGAGAUGUAGACCGAAAUGUAACACCAAAUGAUACCUUGACUAGUCAGUUAGACUUGAGUGCAGUCACUGAAGACAACUACAUGGCGAUAAAAGAUAUGAUACUUAAGAAACAUCACUUGGAUUUGUCUCCGCAAUUUGUUUAUGCUAAGAAUACUAAUCUGCAAAAGAGAAAUGAUGAUGACUUCGUCACAUCUAAGUUCUUUGAGUCAGGUAAUAAAAAAAGUCCUGAAGCUGCAACUAUAGCAAAUGAACCAAAGAAGGAAGUUACAAAAGUUCAAGAAAUGGACCAAUGUUCUAAGCUAGAUGAUACAGUUGUAAAAGAUAAAAACCAAAUGGAAAACGAUAUUCUUGACUCAAAUAUUAAAGAAAAUACACAGUUGAGUCCUAAGGGUAAUGACAUGGAGAGGCCUGUAGCUGGUUUACUGUUUAGUCAUGGACCUCAAGGUAUUCCAGAUUGUUUAGAUAUAUCCAUGAGUACAACAGGCUAUGAAGAGGGUGACAAUGAUUUUCCUACUUGUCUUGACAGCAGCUUACUACUUUCACCUAAGGCUGACUUACCUAUGCCUAUGAGUGGUGGCAAUAACUCAGAAGUAGGGUCUCAAGAUGUGCCCAACUUUUUAUCAGGUUUCCGCAAGGCAGGACUAUCUUUUUUUAAGCAAAAUUUGGCUGAGGCUCAGCCUGACAGUAAUAAACAGGAUCAGGAAAAUAAUUUCAAUUUCAAAUUUGGUGGAGAUGACAAGAAAAUUAGAGGAGGACUAUUUAGUUUCUUUCGCUAA